AGGAGAGCAGAGAAUUGAAAAUUCAACUCACCGAUUUGUGGUAAAGUCUCUCUCUAUAUAUCCCUCUCUCUCUCUCUCUUCGCUGCUUCCUUCGAGCGUAUACACAAUUGAGGAAAAGAAGGUAGCUAGGUAGUGCAUGCGUAUGCGUAUACGUAUACGUAGGUAGGUACGGUGAGAGAGAGAAUCGAUCGAGAGAGGGAGCUUGGAUCGAUGGGAAGGGGAAGAGUGCAGUUGAAGAGGAUCGAGAACAAGAUUAAUAGGCAAGUCACGUUCUCAAAGAGAAGAUCUGGUUUGCUGAAGAAGGCAAACGAAAUCUCAGUGUUAUGCGAUGCCGAAGUCGCACUUAUCGUCUUCUCCACCAAAGGCAAGCUCUUCGAAUAUUCCAGCGAUCCCUGUAUGGAAAGGAUUCUUGAACGGUAUGAGAGGUACUCAUAUGCGGAGAAGCAACUCAUUUCAAAUGAUCAGCAGCCGCCAAAUGAAAACUGGAUACUAGAACACGCAAAGCUCAAGGCUAGGGUGGAAGUUCUACACAGAAAUCAAAGGAAUUUUAUGGGGGAAGGUCUCGAUACCCUAAGUCUGAAAGAACUUCAGAAUUUGGAACACCAACUUGAAUCCGCUCUCAAGCACAUUAGAUCACGAAAGAACCAAGUCAUGUAUGAAUCUAUUUCAGAGCUUCAGAAAAAGGAUAAGGCACUCCAGGAACAAAACAAUGUGCUCGCCAAGAAGGUGAUGAUAAUGUUGUAUUCUUUUUCAUUAAAAUUUCAUUAUUAUUGUUGUUUGGAUUUCAAAGAAUUGGUGAUGUGCCCUCUCUCCUUAUAACCGAACCGUUGGAGUCCUUCAAUAAUAUUGGAGGCAGUAGUACCCCUCAAGCACCUGGAGGUAGUGAUGGAUUAUUAUUAGGAGAUAAUGAAGAAAGUACUACACCAACUCAACCUAAUAAUAAUAAUAACCUUCUUCCUCCUUGGAUGGUUCGCCCUACAAUAAAUGAAUAGAACUUCUUUCAAAUACUAUUUAUCAUUUUACACUCCACAACAGUUUCAGCAAAAUUACCAAAUACGCCUUCUACAAAACCCUAUAGACUAUUUCUGAUGGAUGUUAUGAUGAUGAGUAUAGAUAUGGAAUAUAAUCUGUAUGUAUAAUAUAAUAUAAUAUAAUAUAUAUGACACUGUAUUUCCA